AGACCGUCGGAGUUUCCCGAGAAGUCUGAAAGUCCGAAAUCAGCCGGGAGAAGCCGCAGGUCGGACCGGACCGCAGCCGUGUCUGCACCCCCUAACAGCGGCGGACGCGUCCCUGACUCCGGCCUCUGAAAACCGGGACUGGACGAACCGAACCUUCGACCCUGCAGAGAUGGCCCAAUCAAAGCCGCUGCUGAUGCCAUGGCUUAAGGCCAACAUCGACAGUGGCAGGUAUCCAGGGGUCCAGUGGACAAACGCUGAGCAAACAGAGUUUUGCAUCCCGUGGAAGCACGCUCUGAGACAGGACUCCUCCAACGCUGAUGUGCUCAUCUUUAAGGCCUGGGCAGAGGUGAGUGGAAACGGCCGGGCUCAGGGCGACCCGUCCGUCUGGAAGAGGAACUUCCGCAGCGCCCUGAGAGCAAAGGGCUUCAAAAUGGUGUCGGAUCAGAAGAACGAUCCCGCCAACCCGCACAAAAUCUACCGCUGGCCGGAGGGGCCGGCAUCAGGAGGCAAGUCUUCCUCCGGGUCCCAGGAGCAAGACGACGGCAACACCAUUGAUAACUUUAUAGCUCAGGAGAGUAAGGUUGUCCCCUUCUUUGAAGAUGAUGGUCUUUAUAAUCCACUAGACAUCCAGAUGCCAGAAUGCCCGGCCAGCCAGGAUAUCCUCCAGGAGUGCCUGCAGGGACUAAAUAUUGGCCCUGAAGCAGAGGGCACCGCAGGCUUUCAGCCCCCCACCGAGCAACGGCGGCUGCAGGAUCACGUCGUGAUUGGCGCACACCCGUUGCCCGGGCAACAGCAGCAUCCAGUAAUGUUUGAGCUUGCGGCCCGUGAAGCCGGGUUGCCGGAGCAACCGGCGGGUCCGGCGGGGGGAGCGGAGGGGGCGGGCUACGGCGACGGGCAGCACGCCGAGCAGUUCCUGCAAACGGUGAACCAGACCAGAGAUGGAGCGCAUUUCAAGACUGAGUUCAAGGUGUCUGUGUACUACAGAGGGACGAAGGUCUUGCAGCAGCUGGUUCCUAAUGAAGCUGGAGUCCGCCUAGUUUACAGGCCUGACCUAAACGGAACCGCUCUGGACCACGAGUCGGGCCUCUCACUCGUGUCUCUGCCAACACCUGAAGGCAUUCUGGACCGGACCCAAGUCACGCUGACCCAAAGGAUUCUGGACAGUCUUGGCAACGGCCUGGACGUGGGCAUGUCGGAGGGCGUGAUCUACGGCCAGCGGCGGGGUGAGGUCAAAGCUUACUGGAGCCUUUCCAAGUUCGACAACAGCAGAAGUCCGCAGGAGAUUCCUAAAAUGAACCCUGAACCUCUGUACCAAGCCAAGGACUUUAUCCGAGGAAUACUGGAUUUCAUUAAUGGAAUGGACUCCCCGCCGUACGCCCUGUUCUUCUGUCUCGGGGAAAAGUGGCCGGACCCAGAAAACAAGCCUUGGGAGAAGAAACUCAUCAUGGUAGAGGUGGUUCUGACGUCACUGGAGUUGCUGAAGAACAUGGCUGUUGAGUUUGGCGCCUCCUCUCUGCAGUCUGUGGACUUGCAGAUGUCGCUUGAAGAAAUGAUGGAGCUUUACUGAGGAGUUUCUCUUGGUUUUUUUGUUUUUGUUUUUUUUUUGUAAUUUUCUGCCUCAUAAGAUGUGAGAAUAUCUCAUCUUAUCAUUUCAGGAAGAUUUCAUUCAACGGCAAACAAAUCAUGUAAAAGCGAUAACCACGUUGUCCCGCUGCAUCAGCUGAGAUGUCACAAUGUAAAAGUAAUGAUAAAUAUGUUUGCAUUCUAUCCCUUAUCUGUACAUUUUCUUCAUGCAUAAUUAAUAGGUUUUGUUACAAUUCCUCUAAAAAUAGGAAGUUUGUAAAAGAAUUGGUUGCUGUAAAGCACCAACCACAGGCGGUUUAAUCAUGCUUGAUUGUAUCCUUGCAAAUAAUUUUCUCAUAUUUGUCAAGUUGUCCUGACUGUGAUCUGAUUUGUUGCAUUUCAUUCUUUUGAAGAGUUACAUAUUUUUGCAUGACAAAAGCAAAUUUCAUGAACUGAUGAAAAAUGUAUUUGUAUUUAAUAUGAAAAUUAACCAAAUUAGGAGUAACUUGUUUUCCUCCAACCACUAGGGGGCGGCAUAUUUCUAAUACGAUCCUUGCUGUGUGUUGAAUAUGCAUCAACAGGCAUUAUUGGUAAAUGGAUGAGAAAUAAAUCUGUUUGAUGUUGUGCCACGGCAGUAAAAUAUGAAUUUAUCUUAAUGUGUUUUACAUCUCAUGCUGUAAAUUUAUCUGAAUAUGAAUCUGUGCUCCAUAAUAUCCUACAAGACAUGGCAUUGUGUAUCAUGUAAUGUUUGCUGUUGAAUUAAUUUUCCAUGUUUUAACCACUGGGAUGUUGCUUACUAGGAAAUACUGGAGGACUUUGAGUGGGCUGAGUGAAAUUGUAUUUUUAGAGAGAUCAAACUUUAUUGAUACACUUAUGUCAUAACAUAUCAUAUAUCACUUAUGUCAUAAUCAUGACUAAAUAGAUCUCUUCUCAGGAACUACUACACAACAAACCAGAAUCUGAAGUCAAACCACUGAGAAAGCUGCUCUACAUGGUUUUUCUUUAGUCUGAAUUCAUUAUUUUUGUCCUUUUUUGAUUUCAGUCUCUGUUGGUUUCCAACCAGAGCAUCCAAUUAUGUACCAACCCAACUUAAUUAAUGGGGUGUUUACAAAAACAAAUCAAUAAAGUAAAUUAACUGA